GGAUGACGGGAGAACACUUGCAGACGCUGCUGGACGACGAGCACUGCUGCGACCUCCUGCACCACGCUGCCACGUUCCUUGCGAGGGCCCUCCGGCUCGGCCGCCUCACGGCGCUGCGCAAGAGCAACGGGAGGGUGCGAGGCAUCGUGACUGGCGACGUCUUCAGGCGGCUGGUAGCCCGCACGCUGGCGCAGCAAGUGGGCGAAGAGGUCGAGCAGGCGACUGCCCCCUUCCAGUUCGCACUCUCGACCCGAGCAGGCACGGAAUGCGUGGCGCACCUCGUGCAGACUCUCACCCAGGGUGACCCGGCUGCCACGGUGGUUUCCAUAGGCGGAAUCGGGGCAUUCGACCUCAUGUCCAGAAACUCGAUGCUCGAAGCACGGGCGCCGACCUCCACGAAGGUGUUCCUGACCGACACCGCGGCCUCCGUCUCCAUCUGCGCGGGGCCCGCACUCGAUGCGCUUGCCGACCCAGGCGGCGGCGCCACUCGUCGAGGCGAGGCCAAGAAUUUCACUGGGACUGCGGACGCGCAGGAGGCCGCCAAGACCAAGGCUGGGUCGACCGCGCGGGGGAUCGUCUGGCCCAGGGUGGCGUGA